AUGAAAGAGAACGAACACAACCGGCGCGUUAGCAGCCUCCUGGCAAAGCUGUGGCGUCCUCUCCGCGGCGCCGACAAGGAGCCCCUCCAGCCCAAGAUAGCCGAAGCUGUCACCGUCCACCGAAGGAAGUACCCGGACUACGCGCACAACCCGCGAGAGGCCCACCAGUGCAAGGAGCAGGAGCGCAUUGCCAAGCAGGUUACCAGCAAGCUGAACAAUGACAGUUCCUGGGACAAGGAGCGGCAGCCACUUACUUCCACGGUCGCAGCCCAAUGUCGAGGCGGCCCGAAGUUCCAGCAGCAGCUGCCGCCAUUGUCGCGGACGCCACGGAGCAAACGCCGUGCUACCAUCAGUGCUGCUCGAGACGGCGCUUCGGGCGCCGAUCAGGGAACGGUGUCUCCUGAUGGUCUCGCCAUUAUGUCCGUUGGCCGCGAUGUGUAA